AUGCAGCAGGGAAGUCUGCCGGCAGGCCCAACCGUGCGCGCGCGCGUGGCCUCAGCAGGAGGCUCGCGGCCGUGCGACGCGGAGGCGUUCGUCCCCGUCGAUUUGGUGCCGAAGCGGCGUGAGACUCGAUGCGUGUUGGAAGCUGAGCGGAGGGACAGCCUCGCCGGAUUCGCUCCGCCCUCGCCUCUGCCUGGUCAACUCCCGUGCUUGCUAACCACCCGAGCACGCAGUUUCGCAGUCGCAGCGGCCGCCACAGAACUCGGCAAAGCGGCAGACACCCAGGCCUACGCCGCCGCCGAGCUGCCGGAGGCCUCCGCGCCGUCUUGUGCACACCUGCGGAAGAACCAGCGAACCCCGAUGCGUGGACUCGACCCCGCGGGCGACUCGCGAGCGGGCGAGAGCGCGAAAAGUCCCGAGACACGGGGUGCACCGAAGCAAACCGCCGACCCUCAGCCAGCUCCAGGGGCGGGACCUCUCUCGGCGGCGCGGCUUGUGGGGAAGCGGAGAGGCGACGCCGGUCACGCUGAAACUCUGCCCCAGUCCCUGGAGUGGUCUGCCUCUGAGGGCGUCUGCGGUGCCUCACCGGGCUCCUUGGUGCCGCGCGCGACCGCGGAGGACCAGCACAGUGAAGAGCGAGCCGCGGCGGCGACCCCAGGAUCAAGGCGCAGCGAGCUGAAACCUGAAGACGAGGAGGGCGACGCGAACAGCAAACAACCGCCGCGCGGAGGUAGCCGGGACGCGCGCCUGGCCUUGCCCCGCGGCUGCUCGCCUUCCGCAAAGCACGAGGCGAGAGCCGCGCGAGAGUCGAGUCGCGGACCCGUUUCCGCUGAACAGAGCAAGGAAGUAAGGGACGCGAGCGGCGAGGCAGCGGCAAGUCUCUUGCCGUUGCGAGCGGCGCGGCGAAAAGCCUCAGCCGCGACGCCCAUUCCCCCUUCUGCGCACCCGUCGUCAGUGUCUACCGCCAGACGGUCGUCUUCGUUUUGCUCCCCCUCCUCGGCAGGCUCUUCGCCGGCGUCGGUCGAGUCGGGAAGCCGCAGAGACGAAGAGGCCCUCGGCGCGCGCGGGUGCGCGGAGUUGUCUCCAGGCGCCGCAGCUGGCGAAGACGAAGGCGUGGAGUGGGACGCCGAGCAGAAGCGAUGGGUUUUUCAUUUUUUCCGCGGCGGCCAGCCCGCGAAAAAGUCGUUCGCCGCAGAGAAGUACGGAUUCUCGACUGCGCGGCGCCUCGCGAUCAUGGCGAAGCAAAUGAACCGUAGCGAGCGAAAACCCGCCGCAGAAAGCCACGUGGAUCCCUCGCCCUCUGCGGCCACGCCCCCGGACUCAGCGGCAUCAUCGUCUUCCUUCCCUGCGUCUGCCGCCUCCGCUUCCUCGUCGUCGCCUCCGUCUACCACGUCGUCGCUGGCGUCGUGUCCGCGCCGGCCGAACGAGGAGGCCGCAGCCAGUCCCGCUCCGCCCGGCCUGCCGAGCGCGGCGGAGGAGGGGAUUGAGUGGGACGGCGAGCAGCGCAGGUGGAUUUUUCGUUUUCUUCGCGAUGGCGAGCCGGCGAAGAAGUCCUUCGCCGUUGAGAAGUACGGCUUCUCAACUGCGCGACGCCUCGCCAUCAUGGCCAAACACAUGCACACGAAAGACCGCGUUUCGCCAAAGACUGCACGAGAGUCGCCUUGCUCGUCGCCCGCCGCGCCCCUCUCUCCGUCUGGUGCCCGCGCGUCAUCUUCCCCUGCCGGGAACACGGAUCUCUGUCCUUCACAAAAAACAACUCACAGCGCCGCCACACGACGCACUGCGGAGGAGCCGUCUGCGUCGUCCGCGUCAAGCUUCUCGUCUCCUGCCUCCGGCUCUCCCGCGCGCGAAUCGGACGCGGCGGCGGGCGUGGGGGGCGCGGCCUCCGCCGCUGCCAAGCGUGUCUCUGGAGCCCAACUAGCGGUCGGAGACGAGGAAGGGCGGGACGGCCAGGGGCCCGAAGACGAGGCGGCGACGCGCGGCCUCGGUGAAGAACUUCAUAGUCCGGCCCUCGUUGCGCAAGUUUCAGUGAAGCGCGGUCGAGGCCGCCCGCCGAAGAAGAAGAAACCGAUGGCCUCGCGGGUGGCGCGCGGGGUGGGAGCGCGAGCGGUAGCGGGCGAGGUCGCCAGUCCCUCUCUGACUGCCUGUGCGCAGCAGGCAGCGGCGCGCGGGAAAGCGGCCGAGGGUUCAGGCGCGGGUCUCCGCCGCAGCCUGCGCGUCGAGAGCCGUGCGGCCGCUGCCCUUCUCGCCGAGAGGCAGGAGGAUGGCGACGCGCCGCGCGACAGGCGGGGCAAGGCCGCGAGAGAGAAGCGACAUGAAGAGGAAGAAGACUCGAGGGACGAGGAGAAUGGUGAGGAGACGAAUGCGGAAGGAAGCGCGGCGGGAGGCGAGGACGGCGAGAGCCGAAAGCGCGAACGCGAGAGCUGCGAAGGGGAGGACGAAGUCGAGAGUCGCGCAGAGGCUGGCAGCGUGUACGAGACGCGCCAAAAGCGACGCGCAAGGUGCGUCGACGGAGACGCUGAGCAAGGGCGAGGGCAGCAGGGCUUCGCGAAAGGGGCAGGAAGCUCUCGGCGCGCCAGGCGGGCUGCGGGUGCGGCUAAAUCGUCUCCGGCUAACGCGGAGGUCAUGCAACCUGCCCCUGCGAUGAACAGCGGAGAGCAAACUGAACGCCAGGAAGUGGUCGCUCGAGCAGAUUCCGAGAACCGAGGUUCGCUGGCGGCCUCGCCCCAGGCGUCGGCUUCAAUUCCGCCGCCUCCGCCGUCUCUGUCGCUUCCGCCUUCGUGCGUCCUGAAGAGCGAGGCGCUGGCGUCGUCCUCGCGCUCCUUUUCGGCGGCUUCGUCUCCGCAGCUGCUGCCCGCCUCGGAUCUGUCGCUCGCAGGUGACUUACCGCACUUGACAGCCUCAGUUGCGUCUUCACCGUUCCAGCAGCUGCCCUGCCCGUCGCUUCUGGCGUCGACGCCUGCCUCCGCGGCGCCCUCUCCAGGCCCCGGUGCCUUCGUGUCGUCGCUGUCGCCGCUGUGCUCGCCGCCGUCUUUUGCUGCAGGCGCCACACUGAAGAGGCAGUCAGUCUGCCGCGGAGGAUGUCGCGGCUCUGGGUCUGACGCAGGCUCGAUCGGAGAGACGGUGCUGAAGCGACGGGAGAAACGCGAGGAGGAGGAGGACUUGGAAGAUGACCUGCUGCAGGCGCAUGCGUUCGAGAGCACACAGGAGCGCAUUGAGCGGCUGCGUGUGUGCCUUGAAGAGCUGCGCAAGCAGCACCAGCUCUUCCGCCUCGAACAAGGCCUGCGAUACCUCCAAAAGCGGAAGCGCGAAAACGAGAUCCCUCUCUCUGCCUACCUGCUCCAAGGCAGCAAAGACCUCCUCGCGCGGUACAGAGACGCCUGCGCGUCGCGCGCAUUUCCGCUUUCUCCGCGUGCGUCCCGCGCGAGGGGGAUCCACGAGUCUGCGCCGGAGGACGGGGCGCUGCGCCGCACGGCGUGUCUCGCAGAAGCCCAAAACAGAGUGUGCGCGGACCCAGAGGAAAGAAGCGUGAGCUGCGAAGAAACGGGCGACGGGAACUCGAGAGGCAGCGCCAGUCGAGAGACGGAACGCCGCCAAGGCGAGGAAAGCGGGGACGGGCUGCUGGUCGCCGUGGCCGCGGACACCCGCGCCGGACCCGCUGAGGCGCAGAUACCCUGUUUGAGUGUCUCAACGCUUCAGGUGAUAGCCGCGGUGCUCUCGGAUUUCAUGCGCAUCUGUUCGUCGCGGGAUCGCAUGGCGGCGCUGGGGCUGAGCGAGGCCGAGAUCCAGUUUUGCCAGGAUAGCCUACCCGUGCUGCGCGACGCUCUCAACUACCUCUGUCGCAUUCGGUCUACAAAGGGUCCCGCGCUCCUCACCUUCGCGUCGCUCUUUCGCGAGGUUCUCCUUCUGCUGCCGCGCUCAGCCUCGGCGCCGCGCGAGGUCUUUGCGCAUCUCACGCAGCUGGUCAGGCGCCUGAGGCUCUGGCGAAGCGCCGUGUGCGACUCGCAGGCUCGCGCGGCCGCCUUCCGAGAGAGAGUGGUGGACGAACGCACGUGGCUGCGCAGCCGAGCGACGGAUGAGACAGCAUCGGCGAUGCAGGCAGACAGUCUGCGGAGAGCGAAGCGGGCCGUGGGAGGAGAAUCCCCGCCGCCGCCCGCCAGCGCCUCGGAAGAAGGCGCACGCUCCGAUCUAGGAGAGAGGCGCCGCGAUGAGAGCGGCGAGCCAGAAGAGCGUGAGGUUGAGACAAGCCUUGAGCGCGCUCUAGUCGGCUGCUGCGCGCCAGGGCUCCCGGCAAUCUCGGCCGCCUCCGGCGCCUCAUCGGCGGCGCCACCUUGCUCGACGCGGAAGCGCGCGCGCAAAGACGUGGAGUCCCUGCUGAGGCAGCUGCUGAGCAAGAAGGUCGCUGGCACCGACGGCGCCAGGCCCUCCGCGAGCAGGACCGGCGCCGCGGCGCGAACGGCGGGUAUCGCCUCGCUCCUCGCUGCGCUGCGCCAGACCCAAGAGGGGAGUGUCGUCCUCGGCGAGGGUGAAGGAGACCCUGAAAGGCCCCUGACCGCGAUGGCGCUGCGCCGCGCGCUCCAGGGCUUCCUCGCGACCACCGCGCCGCAGCUCCUCCAGCGCGUGCAAGACGUUCAGGACGCGGAGCGCGCGGAAGGGGGCGAUGCAGAGACUGACGCGCUUCCGGCCGCGAAGAGGGACACGACAAGCUCACGGGAGGACGACCUCGAGAGCGCCGACCCCACCCGCGUCCCCGCGCGCCUGGACUCGAGCGACAGAGACGAGGCGCACAGCGAGAGCCUCGAGAGACGCCUCGCAGCUCUCGCCGGGAAGGUCAAACUCGCGACGUGGCCCCGGCCGCCCAUACGGGGAGACGGGGAAAGGCGCGCGGACGCCGACGGAGAGCGCCCGGCCUCCGCGAGCGAGGACCUGAUCGCCGAGCAGGAAGACCGGCGCCUCGACACUGCAGCGAAUACGACUUCGCGCAGCUUCCCAACUUGGCGCGGGGCUUUGCUGCACGCUCUGCAGAGCGCGAAGAACCUUGAGGAUCUUCGGAAGAGCGACUCGCUCCAGCAUCUGGUUUCUCUCUGGGGGCGACACGCUGCGCUAAAAGGUCAAGCCAACGCGUCGUCGGACUCGCCGUGGCUGCCGGCGUCCCCUGGGUCCUCAGCCUCCUCGUGGUCAGGCUAA